GCGAAGGGGGGAGGAAAGGAAAGGGAGGGUGCAAGGAAAAAUGCACCUAGGAGAGAAUGACUGCAUCAAAAAACAGCCAUCAUGACUUCUGUAAUUCAUCUGACGUGUAUAAAAAGCCAUAAUGGUUGCUCGCUACACAGAAUAUAAAUGACGAUGCCAGUGCGACAAGCAGACUAAGCUGGCUUGAGAGCAAGAUGUCAUCCCCAGGCAUGGGCACCCCCAGCGACCCCCUCCUGGCCAGUCCCGGGGGGAGAUUAUCCUCCGCUCAGGAAGGUCUCUGGAGGACCUCCCUCCCAAAGACAGCCAGCUUCCCGACGUCCUCCACCCGACACCUCAGUCACCGUGCCAACAACUUCCAAAGGCAGCCCAAGCGCCAGAAGCUGAUUCGACCUUCGCCGCCGCCCCCACCGAACACCCCCUGUCCUCUGGACCAGCUGGACCUCAGUGAGCUGCCCCCGAGACGCACCUUCCAAGAGCUGCUCUUCAACGGUUGCAUCCUGUUUGGUAUUGAAUUCAGUUAUGCCAUGGAGACGGCCUAUGUGACACCAGUGCUUCUACAGAUGGGCCUGCCGGAUCAGUUUUACAGCUUGGUGUGGUUCAUCAGCCCCAUACUGGGAUUCCUCGUUCAGCCUCUUAUUGGAGCUUGGAGUGACCGCUGCACAUCCCGCUUUGGACGAAGGAGACCGUUUAUUUUUGCGUUGGCCAUCGGAGCGUUGGUUGGUCUGACUCUGGUGCUGAACGGGCGGGACAUUGGGGGAGUGCUGGCCGACACCGCAUCAAAUCACAAGUGGGGCAUAAUCCUGACCGUAUGCGGUGUGGUUCUGAUGGACUUCAGUGCAGAUUCCGCAGACAACCCGAGUCACGCCUACAUGAUGGAUGUUUGCAGCCCGGAGGACCAGGACCGGGGGUUGAACAUCCACGCACUGCUGGCAGGACUAGGGGGUGGCUUCGGGUACAUCGUGGGUGGCAUCAAUUGGGAUCAAACCCACUUCGGAAAGUCAAUGGGAGGUCAACUGCGUGUCAUCUACCUGUUUACGAGUAUCACUCUGGUGAUCGCCACAGCCAUGACUCUUACUAGCAUCCCAGAGCGGCCCCUGCCAAAGAGCCAGCCAAACAAAAACCCAAACCCAAGCAAAAACCACCUGAAGAGCCCCAACCUCCUUCUUCCUCCGUCGCCCCCGGCCCCACCGGGAUCUGCACUAGGAGUGGAUGAAGAGGAAGAGGAAGGUCUCUACGGUUAUCACUUCUCAAAUUCCCACCUGAGCUACCCGGACCCAUUGGCUCAUUCUUGCAGCGCUAACGCCCGCCUCUGCGCGGGCCUCACUAGCCCCAUAUCGCCUCUGAGCCCCCUUACUCCAAAAUACGGCAGCUUUAUAAGUCGGGACAAUUCACUCACCGGCAUCAAUGAAUUUGCCUCCUCAUUGGGGACCUCUUAUAUAGACAGUGUUCUCAUAGACUGCUAUACGGGUCAACAGACACCACAGGCCCUCCUGGCGCCCGACUCUGUGCACUUGCCUCCAGGGGACUCCCCUCCACCAGAAGGGUUCACCCAAGCAGCAGGGAGCCAUCCUGAGAGGCAGCCCGAUGGAGUCUAUCAUCCACAUGCAGAGGGUGCUCCACAGUCUAAGGGUGAACCACAGUCUCAACAAGCAUCUCAGGUUACGUCAGAGCGGCAGCAGCUUGAUUUGGGGCAACGUCGGGGCUCCAGUGGUGGAAUCCUGAAGCGACCACAGAGUCUUGCACUUAUGGAAGAGCCAGCAGCGACGCAGGUAGUCGGGCUGGAGAACGGACGUAGAAGAACAGUGACUUUUAGCCAACAGGUGGCAAACAUUUUGCUGAAUGGCGUGCGCUACGAGAGCGAUCUGAGUGAGAAUGUGGAGACAGGAGAAUCCCAAAUGUCAAUGAAACUUUUGUGUAUAGCCAUUUACAGGAUGCCUCCCUCCUUGCGCAGCUUAUGCACUAACCAUUUCUUGGGGUGGCUGUCCUUUGAAGGCAUGCUGCUCUUCUACACCGACUUCAUGGGGGAGGUAGUUUUUGAAGGAGACCCGAAAGCACCCCAUGACUCUGAGGCUUACCAGCGCUACAACGCUGGGGUCAGCAUGGGCUGCUGGGGCAUGUGCAUCUAUGCAUUCAGUGCUGCUUUCUACUCUGCCAUACUGGAGAAGCUAGAGGAGCGUUUCUCCCUUCGCACAUUGUAUUUUUUUGCCUACCUGGCGUUCGGCUUGGGCACAGGUUUGGCCACGCUGUCCACUAACCUCUACGUGGUACUGUCUCUAUGUGUCACCUACGGGGUGCUCUUCUCCUCGCUAUGCACGCUGCCUUACUCUCUGCUAUGUGAAUACUACCAGAGUCCCCAGUUUUGCGGCUCCUCCGAGGAAGGGACCAGACGAGGGAUGGGGGUGGACAUCUCCCUGCUCAGCUGCCAGUACUUCCUGGCUCAGAUCCUGGUCUCAGUGGCCAUGGGACCCCUGACCUCACUGGUCGGCGGCGCCCAGGGGGUGAUGUACUUUUCCAGCCUGAUGUCAUUCGUGGGCUGUGUGUAUUCCUCCCUCUGCGUCGUGUACCAGCUGCCCGCCCCAGAGGGUGAGCCCCCCGAAAGCGAGAGCCAGCCACUGUUGGUGCACAUCUAAGUAAAAAAAAAAAAAAAAAAAAAAAGCAAGAAAGCUCUCACACUGUUGAGUGUGUGGAUAGAACACGUCACAUCUCCUGCCGCACACUGUACAGCACAACAUUGUAGUGUUUCACUGAGCAGGCAGAAAGACUGACAUUGCCCACUCCUCCAAGUGGUGUGUUUAUACAGUGUGUGUGCCCAUGCAUCAUGCAUUAUGCGUGACUGAAGCUGUUUUUUGUGUUUGAUUAUUUGCAGUAAAUCAUCUCCUUUUUGUGCUGCUUCAGGGGAUUAACGCAACAUUUUUUUCACUCUCACAGUGGAACCUCCAACGUUGACUUCCUUUCCCCAAAGGAAAGUGAAUUAAUAUGUUCCAGUCAUCAUAAAACCUUUAUUAUCUGUAUAUGCAAUGUUUUCACAGACAGCAUUUUAACUUUCAAAAAGUAUAGAGCUGUAGAACUAAAUAAAACCAAAACAGAGCUAGACUACUCACCCUUUGACCCCUUUGAAUGAUACUGUCACCUAGUGGCCUUUUAUAGGUGCAUUAACGUGCGUUACAUGUACAGUUUAAAGGUCCCCUAUUAUGCAAAAUUGACUUGACUGAUAUUUCAACAGCAAUAUGUGUCUCCAGAGCCUGUUUAUGAGCACCAACUAUGAAAAAUGUAUCAUCUCCCCCACUUUUAGGAGAAGAUAGUCAGUUUUGGAGUAACGUGUUUUCAUGAUGUCAUGAAGGAAAAACUUAGUUCCUUUCAGACUCUGGCCCGAGCUAGAUGAACCAAUGUACAGUCUUCCCUUGUUUAUUUUGGUUAAUUCGUUCCAGACCUGACCACGAUAAGUGAAUUUCCGCGAUGUAAGAUUCAGCAUUAAUAAACACAAUAUAUUCGUAGAGCAUAUAAAACCUGUUUAUGACUUUCUAAAUAUGAUUUUCACCAUUAUUCGAGCCUACUAGACAUGAAAUAGCACCCCUAUAGUCACCUUUACACUCAUGUUAUCCAAUAUAGAAGACAUAAUAAAAGAAAAUAAACCAUUUAAGACAUAAAUAAGACUUGUGCUCAUGUGUGUUUCAAUAAAUGUCUUCCGGACGUGUGGACAGGAAGUGACGUCAGGGAUUCAGAGUUGACUUUUAGCUGGAGUACGGCCAACAACAGUAGCCCGUGUUAUUAUGAUGAUGAUGACUAAUAUUAUGAUGACUUUGACUUUAUGAUGACUAGGUGACAGUAUCAUUCAAAGGGGUCAAAGGGUGAGUAGUCUAGCUCUGUUUUGGUUUUAUUUAGUUCUACAGCUCUAUGACUUUGUUAUUACUGUGCCUGUUGUGAGAUAAUUAUAAAAUAAUAAAAGCCUGCCGUUUGCGAUCAAUCUACUAGUGACACCUAGUGGCCAGUUUAGACUACAGUUCAUCAUUGUCUUGUAUUGCCUUAAAGGGAUAGUUCUCCCACUUUGUUCUGUGAGCGGAGUUCUGGUCGUAUUUCGGUGAGGAGGAACGUUGCUCUGGUUAGUUGCUGGGGUCACUUAAAUAAAGAGUUUGGCUUCUCAAAACAAUAUGCGUUCAAAAGAGUAAUACAUAUGCGUCACAAAACCGAUGCCAACAAAAAAGUUAAGACCUCUGAGUCGCUCAGCAUUAUUUCCUCUCUGUUCUUAUCUCUACACGCUCUCGUCUGUCCAUUGUUGUGUGUGUGUUCCACAGUGUUUACAUGCGCACAUGGAGACUGCUGUGAUGCGAGAUUCUCCCAUCAAAUCAACUAUCUUUUUAAACUGUAUUCUCAUUGGUUGUGACAUUUUUGAAAUGCCAGUAAACACAUCCCAAAACAAAAUUUUUUACUUCAACAUUUGGAGGUUCCACUGUAAUGUUCUCAUGUCUGCAUGUUUGUUUUGUUUUAGGCCAAGAGAAUGUCUGUUAAUCACAUCACAGCAUAGCAUAGUAUAGCAAAGGCAAAACCUUUACUUAACACCUAUUAAUUCAAGGGCUUACCAUGACACAUUUUAGGGGUUCCACAGUGUGCAAAUAAUUACAAUGACGUGUGGGUUUGGGUGGCAUACGCUACCUUGGAUAUAGGUGUGUACCAGUGGGGCCCCUCCCCUCACUUAAAGCCAUGAUGCUGCAUGGUGACCUUCUCCUGGCCGACCAGUGUAAUAAUGACAGUCAUUCUUGUCAUUAUCAGGAAGAGGAGAAGUUGAAACUGGGGUGUGACUCAAGAUUCAGGUGGCUACAGAAGAAACACAGAGAAGACAUGAGAACUUUCCGACUUUCCGCACCUCGGAAAGUGGUGAAGAAGACUCUUUGGGGUUCAUUAAAGCCAGCAGCAGCAGCAGCAGCAGCCCAUCAUCACUGUACUGCACUGUCUCUUUAAGGGCACCAUUCUUUAACGCUUGGUUUGAUCAGCACAGGCAAACAUCAUCCUUUUAGGGCUUUCAUAAUUAUUAGAAAGCCCCAUCACUACCAGUCACUAGUGCUGCCUCAGCAGAACGUCAAUGUUUGCCUGCUCAUGUUUCCUGGGAAACCGUAAAUGUACAGAAGCUUGCUUUAUUUAUAAACAUUGUAACACUAGUGCCACCUAUUGUUCAACAUUGGCAUCUCUAAAAACAAAAGCUUUUAACUACAUUGAUCAUUUUGGACUCGUGUCACAUUUAUUUCUGAGGCUGCACCACUCAUAACACACCACGCGGGGGAGCAAAAGGAUACAGAUAUUUAUCCAGCAGCACUUUCGUUCCCAUCAAUUUUCUGCACCUUGGACAGCCAUUUUGUAAGGAAUAAGAAAGUGGGUCAUCAUUUAAACUGGACAAAAAAACCACAAGAAAAGUAAGUAAAAAGACAAUUUAUUUUGUUUCAGAAUAUACAAAGCAGUUGGCUGGAGUAACUGAAAUAUCCAGGUUCUUGAGAGGCAGUUUUUGGACACCAAGUCAAGUUACUCAGCCAUAAAUGUAAACUCAUUGUAAAAGAAAACAUAACCAAAAUAAGUUGUAAAUGGUACAAAACUGCGUGGAAUGCAUACAGAAAACGACCAAAGCAUUAAGAUUUAAGAGGGGUUAAUUAAUAUUGCAAAAAAAGAAAACAAACCAAGCCCACCUUCAGCAAUUAUAUGGAGUCCCUUUUCAUAUUAUUUGCUCCAUCUGUUAUGUUAACAGGGCAGCCAAGCCAAGGAUUAACUAGCAGCUCAAACACAAAAAGAUUAUGCUUUAACUAAUGUCUUUUUUUUUUUUUUUUAAACUAUUAACAUUAUCCCCUGCUUAAAACUUAUCUUUGGUCCUCAAAGUGAAUCUUGAGAGGUCAACAUGAGCAGCUGCCUGAAGAAUGUUGAUGAAUCAGCUGGUCAGCACUGACUUGACAGAGAUUGUGCUCAAAAUGGAAAUAAACUGAUCUCAUAGCAUGGCCCUGUAUAAAAGGAGGGCGGGGGCUCAUUUUAAAAGACCAAUAAAUAACAUUUGGUAAAAGAAAUUAACAAAAAGAAAAAUAAAGGAGAGGGCCAUAAUGUUUCACAACAACUUCAGUGCAAUGUGAGAACAUGGGCGCAAAUCCAAAAACAAAAUGUCUUUGGAGGGUGGGGGAAGAAAAAAAAAAAAAAAAAAAAAAAAAGCACAA